GCCACCCGCCAUAAAACAUGAAGAAGAAGAACGAUCACGUGAUCUGUUUACUCACCAGCAUAGGCGUUUUUCUUAAUCUUUCUUUAAGUGAAAAGCGUUUUUCGUAAUUUUGCUUUACGCGGAAAUUCACACAUUUAACUUAACCAAAUGGCUGUAACGUUGAAGACAAACUUCUAAGUUAAGAGAAUUUACCUGAUGGCCAAGCAUCCUGACUUCGUCGCUAUGAAAGCUGGGAUUAUAAAGCAGGAUCUUGAUUGCGGACAUCUGAAUUUAUAUGCCUAAUGCAUCAGGAGUCUUUUGUUGGAUUUCAGAUUCAGCAGAAAGGAGCCUACUCUUACCAAAAUGGAGUGUCCAGAAACCUUGUUACUGAGCCCAGCGGAGGAGUCAGUAGGGCGCUUUUGCCGUAGAAUGACAUAUAGAAAGAAAUGUAUUAAUGUGUCAGAUGAAAGCCCUUCAAAUCCUGCUGGUAAACUCCCAAUCUCUCAGCCAUCCAACAGCAGUGAGACACAUCGAGAGAAAUACAGCUGUAAGAUUUGUGGUGUAGAGUAUUGCCUCAAAAAAAACCUGGUGUCUCACAUGCGAAUACACACAGGUGAAACUCCAUACGAAUGUAAACUGUGUGGUAAGUUGUUCCGGCGUUCAGACUACCUUAACUUACAUAUUAAAGUCCACAUGGGUGAGCAACAAAGGAGGGCCAAACCCUUUGUUUGUGAACAGUGCGGAAAUAAGUUUGGGACAUCAAUUCUACUCCAAAGUCACAUGCUGAAACACAGCGGUGAAAGGCCGUAUGCCUGCUCGCUUUGUGAAAAAGCAUUUUUCAGUGAGGCCUUACUUAAAAGACACAAAUAUGAUUGUCAUUCAGAAGAAAGGGCUUUUACUUGCUCUUUGUGUGGACACAGCUUCAAACGCGUGCAUACGCUUCGGAAACACACACGAAUUCACACCGGAGAGAAACCUUAUUUGUGUUCGCAGUGUGGAAAAACGUUUACUUAUAAAUACUCACUGAUUUUGCACAAUAAACGGCACUCAGGGGGAAAAGGUGAUGUGUGAUGCACAUUUAUGCAUUUGGAAAACAAUGUAUUUUCAUUUUAUGAAUGUCAGUAAUAAUGUCCUUGAUUUCUCCUUCUAAAUCUUAUUUCAUCUGUAUAUUGGCAAUAAAAACUUUCGUCUUAUUAAAGGCUUUAUUUAGCUGUG